GCCUGUUACAGAAAGGAGUAAAAUUGAAAUAAGUUGCCAUAUUAGGAAACUGCUGUUCAUGGGCUACUUGACGGAUGCCUCCAUUGACCAACCACAGUCCAACAACUCACCUGUCAGUGACAGAACAAGGUGGUUGAGAUAAGAAGAGUAAAGAGUGUAAAGAGCUGGUAAGAUGGUAUGAUGGAGGCAAAGGAUCUGCUGGCUGAGUGUGGGUGGAGAAGAAUAUUAGGAAACUUGGGCGCUGAGGUGAAGAGAAACACAAUGAAGUUGACCAAAGACCUGGCUGGUUAACAUCUGUUUGAAACCUAAGACGACCACAGCAGCAUCUCUUCUGAAUCCUUCAAAUAUCUCUGCCCAAAAGACAUGGGCUUCUGGAUUAUUUUACCCAUCAUACUCUGUGCUGUCUCUCUCAUCGGGUGCUGGGCCGUGUAUGGCCUUGCAAUAAGCUUCCACCAUGUCUGCCCACUCAGUAACUGGGAAUACAGAAACUCAUGUCUGACAAAUGACACUAAGAUUUGUUGUACAGUCAAUAAUGUACCCACCAUAAGUUCAAGUGGAACCAAUUUUCCAGAAAACUCCCUCUUUAGUGCUACAAUCAAUGCCGGUUCUUUUUUGUUCCUGGUUUUCUGUAUUUUCCAUCAUGCACAUAUCAUGGACAAGAGCAGCGUCAACGCACUCCUCAGUAAAUUUGCCAUGGUUUUCGGUUGUGUCGCAGCCAUUGGUGCAUUUGUGGCUGGGAACUGCAAUCCUGCAGAGCUGGUGUUGCUGCAUUACCUCGGUGCUGCUCUGAGCUUUGUGUGUGUGUGCUUCUACACCAGUCUGCUGACCUCCCUGACCAGUAGGUGUGCCCUCACCGGACUGGAGCACUUCCUCUACCCAAUACGCAUCAUCUUCACUAGCAUCCAGGUGCUAGUGACCAUCUUUUACUGUAUCUUCUUUGUCCAAAAGGACUACUACUACAAGCACAUCUCUGCCAUCUUUGAGUGGACACUCAGUGUGAACCUGGAGCUCUUUGAACUCAGCUACGUUGCAGAGUUUUACUUUUUCUCCUCAGCGAUGCUCUCAGUACUUCUUGCAGUGAGAGAUGAAGAGAAGCCCCUCAUUUUGUCCUGAUGACUGGCAUUACAUCCAACUUAGAUUAUUUAUUUUGUCUUUACCUUUAUGGAUGACCUCUGCACCGUCAUAUUUUCCCUUUAUACAUAUCAUCUUUUCAGUUACACCUGAACAUAAUGUCUCCUUAGCAGGGUUGGACAAAACACAAAGUAAUGAUGGCCAAAUACUGAAUACACUAUAAUAAAUGUAUUUAGUAACAUAUUCUGGUACAGUACAUUAAAAAAUACCAUAUUCAGAAUACAUUUGCAAUACAUCUACAGUACAUCUUGGUAAGCUACAAUUUGCAGUUUCCCCCGUUAAUGCAUUUAAUAAAAAUAUGCUUAUCAUUUUAAAAGAAGUUUUCUUUCACCAUCUGCCUCCAUCCACUGCUGCUCACACAAUCCUUCCAGCAGGAGUCCAGUACAACACCAAUGAGUGUGUUUACAUGCACUCAAUAAUCAGAUCUGGAUUUCUGCAGUUAUCUAAUUAUUAAAAAUGGUCAACGUAAACAGCAUACUCCAAUUUCUUAGUUCAGAGUAAAGUCUAGCGAUCUGAUUAAGAAAUCCAAUAAAGAGAGCUGGACUGUAGCUCAGUAAUCAGAUUUCUCAGUGCACCUAAACUCUUAGUCUGAUUUCUUUUGGAUUUCUCAGUCUGCGCAUGGGCGAAACAGACAGUGGUACUGGAAAUAAGCAGAAAAUCAUUUUUUCAUUAUAAUUUUAAGUUUACAUUAUGUUUGCGUCAUAUCUUUUUGUGUGAAUUUGUUAAAUGGUUGCAAAGCAGAAAAUUACUGCCUGACUCAUGUUGACCCAGAGUUUACACAUCAUCUGAUAACUCAAAUGCAUGUAAACACAUUGAUUGGAUUACUGACAAAAUCUGAUUUUCUGCAGUUAUCAGAUUAUUAAAAGCAUGUAAACACACUCAAUGCUAAACUUACAAGCAUGUUUGCUACAUGCAGUGUGCUGAUUUUAACAGUACAGUUACAGUAACUAAAUGUGUUUGUUUUGUAAGCAUACUCCUACAACUGUAAAAUUUGUAAAAAGUAAAUGUAUUCUGAAUGUGGCCUUUACUAAGUGUAACUUGGGCUGAACACAUUCAAUUUCUGUAUCCUGAAUAUGUAUUCCUCAUACUUCUAUUCCGUUACAUCCCAACUCUGCUCUGCUGAUAUUUAUGAUGAAUACUGGAGAUGAUCAGCGAAGACUACCAGUAAACCAGAGCCUCAAGCAUGCAGGCAUGUUUUUGGAAUUUUAUAGAUUUUAGAAAUACCACCUUUGUCCUUCAUUGGAAAUGCAAAACCUCCAGCAUUUCUGCUCAUCAGUGCAGGGCAUUUAUGCUCAGGGGGUGCCCUGUAAUAUUAACUAAAUUGUAAUCUAAUCACAAAAUACCUCAAACACUGGAAAUCUGAUGGUCUGAGAAGUACACUAUGUAGAUUUUAUACAUGGGACUUUUAUGGUGGGAAGGACAAAGAGAAGAAUGUUGCACUUGAGAAACUUGACCUCACAUGGACCGAUUUUGUUAUGAAAAUCCUCAUAUCAGCCAGUUUUGUGGUUUAACUUCCAUUCAGAUUGUGAAUGUCCUGUUCCUGUUUCAAUACACUUGAGAUUUCAAUACAGGUGAUAACCGUUUCUCAAUUCUAAUGGCAGAGAAAGCACCAAACCCUCAUCCAGACGACAUUAGAAUUAAUUAGUACUAACAAUUACUUUGCAUGCUGCACUUUGGUCUUGUUUUACCACCACUUUUUUGUUUUUAAAGAAAUGGUUAUAUGCUUCAAGAUAAUGGUGAACACUUGUUUACAGGCUCAGGCUAGUACUCAUUUUACCUGAAGGUCUCUAGAGAUUAUUAAGCUCUGAAGCGUGCAGAGAUCUUUACUAUUGUGGGUUCAAUUCAAACAAAACUUGAUUUACACUAUUAAAACAAAUUAUUAAACUGAACUUCAGGCUUGUUUUUAUAGAAAUGUGUGUGGUUUUAGGCCAAGAUACUAAGCCAAGUUUUCAUUACUACAGUAACACAGGAUUUUAACACCAAACUACAUGCAUUUGUAACAACUCUCUCUAAGAACUAGCCAUUAGGCUGUUUUGCCAUUUCAGCUAUACCUGUCUAGAGCUUUCAAGACAAAAGUCUCAUGACAGGUCUAUGUGGUUUCACAACAUACAAAUUCUUAGCAUGUUCCAAGACAGGUGUGGUUCACUUGCAGCUUGGAACCAAAACUGAUAACCUGUCAACAACGUGUGUUUAACUGAGCCCAUGCCAUUAUUUAUCUGUAUGUAUGUAUUUUGAAACCUAUUAUACUGAUUGAAGGCUAAACAUCAAUAAUAAACACCAGCCAACUCUCACAAA